AUGUCUGUCCCAACUUUAUCGAAUAAGCCAGAAAACAUCGACCUGCUUGUAUUACCGCCAGGAGAAAAAAAAGUCAGUUGCGAAAUAUCGGAGAAAGGAGACUGCAAUAUAUUUACCAUAAAGCUGGAGGAUCACACCAUUGGAAAUUUGAUAAAGCAGGCACUUUGCCAAGACCCCCAGGUCACGUUCGCAGCAUAUAGACAACCGCAUCCACUGCAAAACACGAUCGAAAUAACCAUCAAGCCCAAGGGCUAUGCAGGGGUUAAGUUGCUUUCAGAUAAUGUGAACAGUUUGUUGUCCGAUGUGUCUCAGCUGAGGGAAACGUUUAAGAAAAAGGUCCAACGGUACAAGGACAAGAGUGUGUAUUACGCAGACGAGUGA